UCGCUUUUUCGCUUGUGAGUGUUGAUAUGUCGGUAGUAGGUUCUUAAAUUAUAAAAAUGGAAAUGCUUUUUGAAAUAUGUUUUUUAAAAUAAAUAUCCAAGCAUUCUAAAUUGAAUUAUAGCUAGUGAUAUUAUCUGUAGAUAUUUAUAUUUGUAUAGUGAAUUAAUAAAUUUCUGUUUCGAUGCAAUAAACAGAAUAUUAAACGAACAAAGCUGAACCUCUUGAGAUGAAGGAAUCUUUUAAAAAGGCAUGCGUCAAUAGAGCUGGAAUGAUAAUGCAACGUUUUCGUCAGUAUGCUCGAUAAGAGGCGGUUACCUGCCUUUGGAUCUUCAUCAUGUUACUUUAUCUUUGUACUCGCUCUCACCUUCACUGGAUGCGCUUUCUUCUGGUGUCGCAGCGCUUACCAAGUUUUCAUUGUGUUGCCGGCUAAUGUAAUGACAACACCAACUUAUGUAUUAGUCCCUCCAGGAAACAGUACCGAAUACUCACAUUCGUUUAAAGUAAGCGAACUUUCUAAUGGCGAUGAAAAUACGCUUAUUGAUUUAAAAAAUUUUAAAUUUCUUUUAAAUCACGAUAUGUGUAACAAGACACAACCACUUCUUUUAAUGAUGGUUCAUUCUGCUCCGAAAAAUUUCGAUAAGAGAAAUGUCAUUCGCGAAACAUGGGGUCGAGCUUCAUCAUCAUCAUCAUCAUCGGUAACAACAAUUUUCCUUGUUGGAUGGUCUGAGGAAUAUCAAGCAGAGCUUGAAACAGAAGAUCUCAAGUAUGGUGAUUUAAUACAAGGGAAUUUUCUUGAUGCCUAUAGGAAUAUGACUUAUAAACACGUCAUGGCUCUAAAAUGGGCCACAUAUCAUUGUCCGAGUGCCAAAUACAUAUUAAAAUUGGAUGAUGAUGUAUUCGUGCAUAUCACUGCAGUGUUGGACUUCUUGAAGCAUCAUUUGUCUCCAUGGGGCGCGAGACGUCUCAUGAUUUGUGAUCCAAUUAACGCGAAAGUGAAAAGAUCGUACCGAUCAAAAUGGCGAGUAUCUCCUCGAGAGUACCCUGGAAGACAUUACCCCCUUUAUUGCGCUGGAUGGGGUAUUUUUUACUCUCCUGAUACUGCGUUUCUAUUAUACCGCGAAGCUCAAAAAGAACCUUAUUUUUGGAUAGAUGAUGUGCAUAUCACUGGAACCAUAGCUAGGAAAGUUAAUUUAACUCAAGUGUCACUACACUCACUUGUACUGUCGAAACAAGAGAAAAAUGACAUUCUUCAAAAUUCUGCUUGUUCUAAAAAUUUUUUGUUUGGAUCGCCGGAUUUAACGGCAGAAGAAAUAAGAGCUCUGCAUAGUAUUGUUUCCCGUGGCUCAAUUUUAAGUGAUCAUAAAUUUGUAAACUAAUAAAUUAAUACUUUAGUGAAAAUACUCUUACCUAAUAAAUUUAAGUAGUUCUUUUUGUUGAUUUUA